GUGGCGACGCACACCAUGGCGUCCAUCGCUCCCAGUAAGGGGCUGAGCAACGAGCCGGGUCAGAACAGCUGCUUCCUGAACAGCGCCCUGCAGUCCGAGUCUUUGUGUGAGGCUGGAGAGACUCUUCACCAUCACCCUAAUCUGAGGAGGAAGGCUACAGAUCACCACCAGAAUCAGAACAGAACCCGACCGGACCGAUCCAGAACUUUAAUAUUACUGCAGUCAGAGGAAACAUGGUUCUGUGGCACCUGGAUAUCUUCCGUCGGAGUUUCCGUCAGCUCUCCUCCCAUAAGUGUCUGGAGGAUUCCUGCAUCUUCUGCGCCCUGAAGAACAUCUUUGCCCAGUUCCAGUUCAGCAGUGAGAAGGUUCUGCCGUCCGACGCGCUGCGCAGCGCGCUGGCCAAGAGCUUCCAGGACCAGCAGCGCUUCCAGCUGGGCGUCAUGGACGACGCCGCCGAGUGCUUCGAGAACAUCCUGAUGAGGAUCCACUUCCACAUCUCAGACGAGACCAAGGAGGACGUCUGCACCGCCAGACACUGCAUCCCGCACCAGAAGUUCGCCAUGACGCUGUUCGAGCAGUGUGUGUGCAGCAGCUGCGGAGCGUCGUCCGACCCGCUGCCCUUCAUCCAGAUGGUCCACUACAUCUCCACCACCUCGCUGUGCAACCAGGCGGUGAAGAUGCUGGAGUCCAGAGAGAAUCCGACGCCCAGCAUGUUCGGAGAGCUGCUGCGCAACGCCAGCAUGGGCGACCUGCGCACCUGCCCAAGCCGGUGCGGCCAGCAGCUCCGGAUCGCCCGGGUUCUGCUCAACAGCCCAGAGAUCGUCAGCAUCGGCCUGGUGUGGGACUCGGAGCACUCGGACCUGGCCGAGGACGUCAUCCACUCUCUGGGAACCCGCCUGCGACUCGGAGAUCUGUUCUACAGGGUGACGGAGGAGAAGGCCCGGCGGGCCGAGCUCUACCUGGUGGGCGUGGUCUGCUACUACGGCAAGCACUACUCCACCUUCUUCUUCCAGACCAAGAUCAGGAGGUGGAUGUACUUCGAUGACGCUCAUGUGAAGGAGAUCGGGCCCCGGUGGAAGGACGUGGUGUCGCGCUGCAUUAAGGGCCGCUACCAGCCGCUGCUGCUGCUGUACGCCGACCCGCGCGGGACGCCGGUGACCCUGCAGGACCUGCCGCCGCACCUCGACCUGCAGCGCCUCCACAGGGCCGGCUACGACAGCGAGGACUCUGGCCGUGAGCCGUCCAUCUCCAGCGACACUCGAACCGACUCGUCCACAGAGAGCUACUGUGGCCGCCAGUCCUCCCAGUCCUCCCAGUCCUCCCAGUCCCACCAUGAGGCCGUGGCGAGUCGCUGCUCCUCCGAUUCCCAGGGAACGCUCGUCUGCAUGGAGCGACCCGACAGAACCGACAGAACGCUGCAUGCCUCCCUCUGCAGCCUGGACGCCAUAGGCCGCGCGGCGGACGCCGAGCAGCCUCUGAGGAAAGGAGGCGGGGCCGCAGAAAGGAGGCGGAGCUCCAACUGGUCGCGGCGAAUCAAACCAGAACUCGAUCCGCCAUCGGCAGGUUACCACAGCGAUGGAGAAACCUUAAAGGAGAAGCAGGCUCCUCGGCACCUCCCCAAACCUUCAUCCUCCUCCUCAUCCUCAGCCGGUCGCCUCAGAGACUUUAAGGAGACGAUGACCAACAUGAUCCGCCCGCCGUCCUCCUCGUCCUCCUCCUCUCUGCCGGCCGCCGUCCUCUCCUCCGAGCUCCUCCCUGCUGCAGACGCAGCUCUGAGCUCCUCCUCCUCUCCAGUCCAGGACUGGGAGGCCGACAGCACCAGCAGCGAGUCCAAAGCCAGCUCCUCUGGAGGAGUGGGGAGGUGCCGGCCGGCGUGGAGGCCGCGGAAGGAGACGCUCAACAUCGACGCCAUCUUCAUGCGCGAGCGGCGGAGGCAGGCGGGAUACAGCCCCCUGGGAGGAGGAGCCUGUGAGCCCGACGGGGCCCACACCGCCUCCUUGGGCCAGGAGGAGGCGCCGUCCAUCAGAGCGGCCUUCUCCCGGACUCUCCCCAGCUCCUUCACAGGACGGCAGCUCCCUGCUCCUCCUGCUCCUCCCAGGCUGAUCCAGAGGAUGGAGAGCGGCUACGAGAGCAGCGACAGGAACAGCGGCAGCCCCGUCAGCCUGGACCUCAGCCUGGGAGACAGGGACAGUGGUGAGAAGAAGCCUUCCUCCUCCUCCUCAUCCUCAGGACCCUCAUGGAGGAACAUCAGGUCAAAGAGCAGCGGCGCUCUGCUGCAGGACCUCCACUCCUCCAGCAGGGGGAGCCUCGCGCCCCCCGCAGGCCGCAGCGAGCUGGACGAGCUGCAGGAGGAGGUGCUGAGGAGAGCCAGGGAGGAGGAGCAGCAGCGGCGGCAGGAGAAGGAGAGGGAGGAGGCGCUGGGCUUCAACCCCAGACCCAGCAAGUACCUGGACCUGGACCAGCUGCAGAUCCAAGGUAAAGGCGACAGCUUUGACAGGUGUGUGAUGGAGGCGGAGCUCCUGCUGGACCAGUCGUUGCGCUUGGAGCAGGCGGGCGACGUUGCAGCGGCGCUGUCUGCGGUCAAUGAAGCCGUCUCCAAGCUGCGGCCGGCGGCGGCUCAGGGCGGAGCCGGUAGCCACAGCCGGCUGCAGCGCUGCAUGAGGAGAUGCCGCAGCCUGCAGCAGCGCAUGCAGCAGCUGCUGCUGCAGCAGUCAGAGGCAGUAAAACAGGAAGCAGAGCAGCAGGAGGAGCAGCAGACGCUGGAACAGCCCAGAUCAAAGCCUCUCCAGCUCCCAGUUCUUCUGACAGAGAAGCAGGGCGACCAAUCAGCUGCCGGACAAGACCACCAGGCUCCUCCCCCUUUCACCUGCCUUGUUAAGCCCCUCCCUCCUGCAUCAAGUUUGCCCUCUGACCCCGCCUCCAGCAGGAGCCCCUGCUCUGGCUUUGGGAAACCCCUCGGUAGCGCCAGGUCCCUCCCUGCUCUCGCUGUGGAAACCAACCUGGACGACGUGGCCCCGCCCCCUCCACCGGAAGAGGCGUGGCCUGAGCCGUCACAAGCCCCGCCCCCUCAGUGGCCAUGCUCCCCACCAGCCAAUCAGGUUCUCAGAGCCGCCCUGCCUGUUCAACGCUGGGCCGAAAACGUCAACAGAUACUACAACUCCCAGCAUGCAGCAGCAGAGGGGGAGGAGUUAUCGGAGCUGGAGACGCUGUACCAGGCCAGCCUGCAGGCUCCCAGCAUGCCGCGGGGCAGCCGUGGCGUCAGCCCGCAGCCAGGGGGCAGCAGAGCAGCGGUGAGGAGAACGCCAUCCGGAUCCAGACGCUCCAAAACGCCGACGGCUGAAAUUGAGAGAAACGCCUACAGGAGACCGGUCUCACCUGGAGAGCAGCCCCCUGCAGGCGAAGACGAGAACUACAGUGCAGAGAACCUGCGACGCCUCGCUCGAAGUCUGAGCGGAACCGUCAUCGGGUCGAGACCGCAGAACCUCCAGCAGAACCUCCAGUGCAGCUGUGACCCCUCUGUGUCCAGACCCCCCCUCAGACACUCAGACCUUCACUGCUCCUCUUCCUCCUUGGACCGACUCCACGGCCCUCCGGCUCCACGGCCCCCCCACACGCAGACGCCACGGCCCCCCCACACGCAGACGCCACGGCCCCCCCCCUCCUGGGGACGCUCAGGUUCUCCUUGGCACCAGGUUCUGGUUCUGUCUGACAGCGGCCCGACUCCCUCGGCUCUCCACGGCGUCGCCAUGAGUUACGCCACUCUUCCUCGCCGUGCCUGGCCCCCCUCCUCCUCCUCUUCCUCCCUCCCCAGGCCCAGACCCGGUUCUGCCGGUUCCGGUCCACAGAGUCUCUAUGGCGCCCCGCCCGCCCCCCACCGCCAUCGUCAGGCGUCACUUCCUGUUGUUGCUCCACGGCGCCCCCGUGUGUCAGGAGACGUUCCUGCUCAGCCUCUGCGCCUCGACGUUCCCCCGGAGACGGACUGGCGGCGCCAUGUGGACCCGCGGGCCGCCCGGCGCCAGCAGCUUCCUGCCCGACCCGGCCAGCCUUUGUGGCCCGGUACCGUUUGGGCAGCAAACAGAGAGGGAGGCGUCAGCAGGUUCAUGGGGGUCAGAGGUCACGACCAGAACCAGAACCUGAGAGGAGACAGAAGAAGCUGAGCAGAUCCAGAACUUCCCUGAAGAACCAGAACAGAGCCGGAUCGGAACCAAAGCCAGCAGAACUCUUGGUCCAGAUGUGGACCCUGGUCUCCUCCAGAACCUCCUCCAGAACCUCCUCUGUUCUGCUGGACCCGUGUGGCUCCAGCUGAGCAGCAGGCGAAGAAAAGACUUCCUGUGUUCAGCUGAACAGAACCUGGAUGUGGUUUUGCAGGUUCUGGUUCUGUUGGACUGCAGAGCUCAUCGGGUUUCCUUUGGGCUCUUCAGACUGAAGCUUCCUGUUUCCUCGGCGUUCUGAUUGGUUCUGCUCUUCAGAUCUCCAUCCAACUCUGAUGUCACUUCCUCUGUUCAACAUCCAGUUUUCUUCGCCAUUUUCCAGCUCUUUAGGCGAUGGAGGAACUCAGACCGCUGACUCCACCCGGCUGGCGCUCCAGGUGGCAGAAACAAACCAACCAGCUUCAGAAACGUCUGGGUUAAAGUUCAGAAAGUUCUGCUUGUUUUUCUCCACCAAACAGACGAUUAAAAAGCUUCAAGGAAACGAUUCAAGUCUCAUCAUUCAGCCUCGUCACAAGUUCUGGUUCGGUUGACCCAGAAGGUUCUGGAUGAGUCCAGAAACCAGAACAACAAAAAUAGAAAAAUGUUGUGCAACUUUUCAGUUUCAGGUAGAAAAUCUGAAUGAAAGAAAAAAAUAAAGAUUUUCCACUUUUGA